ACAUUAUAAUUCGAUUAAAUUCAUAUUUAUAUCAAUGUCCUUACGUGGGUCCCACCACCUAUUAACAAAAGGUCAAACACACAUUGUCCAUUUUAUUUAACUUUCCUCCUAUAUUUUUCAGUCCCACUUUCCUCAUUUUCUCUUCCAAUUCUCCUCUCUACAUGUUUUCUUUCCUUUCAAACAACAAAGUCAUUUUCUUCUAAUAUUUUGUUACUACUCCAAAAGAUAUUGUGUCCAUUUUUUUUCCAAGAAAAUUCCUACCCUUUUUUCUUCUUGAAUUUUUAGCCUUUUGGGGUUCUUUUUUUCAAAAUGGAAAAGGGAAAUUUGUUCAUAAAUGAUGAUAACACUACCUAUGAACAUCUUCAAAAUUGUUUCUUUAAUCCCAAUUUAGAUAACAACAAUUCUGAUCCAUUUGAAUCAGCAUUGAGUUCAAUGGUAUCUUCUCCUAUUUCAAUUCCUAAUAAUAAUAGUGGUAGUGAUAAUUUUGUAUUAAGGGAAUUAAUUGGUAGACUAGGAAGUAUUUGUAACAAUACUAAUAAUAAUAGUAGUAGUACUAAUAAUUCUUGUUAUAGUACCCCUUUAAAUUCUCCACCAAAAUUGAAUCUUUCUAUGAGAGGUAAUUUACCACCAACACAAUUUACUACUGAUCCUGGAUUUGCAGAAAGAGCUGCUAGAUUUUCUUGUUUUGCUACAAAUUUAGAAAGUAAUCAUUCCAUCAAGAUUCAAGAUGUCAAUUUGGUUCAAAGAAAUUCUGAAUUUGGAGAUUCAAGAGAAAAUUCAUCACUUUCUGAGCAAAUGAUUGGUCAAAAUGAUACAAAUUCAAGAAAAAGAAAAUCAAUUUCCAAGGGAAAAUCAUCCAAGAUUGUCAAUGAUAAAAAUGAAUCAAAUGCCAAAAGAAGCAAGUCUGAGGAAAAUGAAAAUAAAGUAACAAAAAAAGAGGAAAAUGCUGUUUUAGAAGAAAAUAAAGAUAACCAAAAGGCAACAGAACCACCAAAGGACUAUAUUCAUGUGAGAGCUAGAAGGGGACAGGCCACAGAUGCACAUAGUCUAGCUGAAAGAGUGAGAAGGGAGAAAAUUAGUGAAAGAAUGAAGCUUUUACAAGAUCUUGUACCAGGCUGCAAUAAGGUGACUGGAAAAGCUGUAAUGCUUGAUGAGAUUAUUAACUAUGUACAAUCACUUCAACGUCAAGUUGAGUUCCUUUCAAUGAAAUUAGCUACUGUGAAUCCAAGAAUGGACUUUAAUAUGGAAGCACUUCUUUCCAAGGAUAUGUUUCAAUCUAGGGGAUCAUUGGGACAUAACAUGUAUCAAUCAGAAACAUCAACCCAAGCAUUUCCUUAUGGAUUUCAAUCUCAACCAAACCAAAAUUAUCAUAAAGGAACAGAGUUUCCUUUCCAAAUUAACUCAUUGAAUCCUAAUUUGAUCAGAAAUUCAAGUAUGCAAUUGCCUCCUCUAGAUGGUUUUGUUGAGCCUACCCCUCAGGUCCCCACAUUCUUUGAGGAUGAUCUCAAUAGUGUUGUUCAAAUGGGAUUUGGACAAAAUCAGAACCAAAGUUUUCCGGGUGUAGCAGGCAAUGUACCUAAUUCUCAAAUGAAAGUUGAACUAUGACCCAAAAAAGCUCAGUAAAAAUUGAUGAAUUUAUUUGAGGCCCUAAGGCUUUGUACAUAAAGAGAGGGAAAAUUCGCGAUUAAGACCUAUUCAAAGCAAAUAUCGCGAUUCAAGAAGAAAGAAGAAAUUAAAGAGAUAUUUUUUUCUCUUAAAAAAUUCUUGAUUUAUUUAGUGAUUAAUUUGGCUUAUUGUUAUUAUUACUGUUUCAAUUAUUUUUCUCUCCUUUCAUGUAAUUCUUACUACAAAAAUUGGAGAGGCAAUUAGCAAACUCUACCAA